AUGUCAAGGAGAGACUAGUAAUCCCUAAAUAGUGAUUAUCUCUUUAAGAUGGUUCUUAUCGGAGAUUCGGGAGUCGGCAAGUCUUGCAUUCUUCUCCGCUUUGCAGACGACACUUUCUCAGAAAGCUAUAUAUCCACUAUAGGUGUAGAUUUUCGCUUCAAAACACUUUCAGUCGAUGGCAAAAUCGUAAAACUCCAAAUUUGAGAUACCGCUGGCCAAGAGCGUUUUCGGACCAUCACAAGUGCAUACUACCGAGGCGCAGACGGUGUUAUGAUGGUCUUUGACAAAACAGCCCGAGAAAGCUUUAACCAUAUCACAGAUUGGCAUGAAGAGAUCAACAAAUAUUCAGAAAAUUCUUCAAGAGUUCUAGUAGGCAACAAAUACGAUAUGACUGAGCAUAUACAAGUGGAUGAAGAAACUGGCAAGCAACUAGCUGAAAAGCUGGGAAUGCAUUAUAUUGAAACUUCUGCGAUGAAUUCUUAUCAAGUGACGACCGCCUUUGAGCUGAUUGCCAGAGAGCUGAUACAGAAAAAAGGAAACCAGCAAGAAAGAGGGAAAAAACUGAACCCAGUGAAAACGAGAAAGCCGAUGUCAGCGCCUUGUUGCCAGAAUUAA